AUGGGCCGCAGGCGCCUUGACACCGUACAUGUGGAGGAGCUGAUAUGUGCGAUGGCCAGUGUGGUGCUGCCCAAAGGUCUGAGCUCACCUCGCCUCUUCAGGGAGUCUAUCCACCCUGGGCCCAACAUGGGAGGAUGCUUCUCUAAACCUAAAUCAGUUGAAGUGAAAGUGGAGCUCUCCCUCUUGGACAAAGAGAAGGAGGUGGAUGGACUGUCGCCCAACGGGAAAGCCAGUCCGUUUGCUGAGUGCAGAGCAAACGGAGCUUUGGGACAUGGUUCCGAUGAUGAAGCCACCCCUCUGCCACUGUAUCACAGAUCAAAGGACUAUGUGGAGGCAUCCGUCUGUCAUGUCAAAGACAUGGAAAAUGGACAGAUGCGAGAGGUGGAUUUAGGAAGUGGGAGAGCUUUGUUAAUCAAAGAACAUGGGGAAUUUUCAGCUAUGGCACACAAAUGUCCUCAUUAUGGAGCACCAUUGGUAAAAGGUGUGCUGUCUAAAGGACAUGUUCGGUGUCCGUGGCAUGGUGCAUGUUUUAACAUUGCUACCGGGGACAUUGAAGACUUUCCUGGGCUGGAUAGCUUGCACGUUUUUCAGGUCAGAGUUGAAAAGGACAAGGUGAUUAUUUGUGCAAACAAGCAGGCUCUUGAGUCACAGAAAAGAACUAAACAUAUGGCUCGAUGUUCAGCAGUCAUCAACUCCAGCACAGGCUUCAGUCAUGUUCUCAUUAUAGGCUCAGGACCAGCAGGUCUGGUGUGCGCAGAGACACUGCGGCAGGAGGGCUUCACCGAUCGCAUUGUAAUGUGCACCAUGGAGAGACACCCUCCGUACGACAGGCCAAAACUGAGUAAGUCCCUAGAGUGCACAGCAGAGCAGCUCAGACUGCGCUCUGCAGACUUCUUACAAAACCACGACAUUGAACUGUUCACCGAAAAAGAGGUUGUAGCACUCGAUGUUAAAACACGAACAGUGACAUUUGGAGAUGGUGUCAUGAUGGAGUACAGGAAACUUUUUAUUGCCACUGGAAACAAACCCAGACCAAUGAACUACAAAGGCAAGGACAUCAAGAAUGUUUUUCACCUCAGGACGCCAGAAGAUGCAAGUAGCAUAGUGAAGCUGGCAAACAACAAAAAUGCUGUCAUUGUUGGAACGUCCUUUAUUGGAAUGGAGGUGGCUGCUGCCCUUACUGACAAGGCCCACUCUGUAUCAGUCAUUGGGAGUGAGACUGUUCCCUUCAAAAAAGCUCUGGGAGAGAAAGUUGGAAAAGUCAUAAUGAAGCUAUUUGAGGCAAACAGGGUGAAGUUCUACAUGCUUAAUGAGGUGUCAGAGAUGAUUGGCCAUCAUGGACAGUUAAAAGAGGUAGUCCUGAAGAGCGGUAAGGUACUGCGGGCAGACGUGUGUGUCAUUGGAACAGGAUGUGUUCCUGCUACUUCCUUCCUGAAACAGUGUGGGGUCCACUUGGACUCCAAAGGCUUCAUCCCUGUCAAUAAGAUGAUGCAAACAAAUGUUGACAAUGUUUUUGCUGGAGGAGAUGUGGUAAUGUUCCCUUUUCCCCCGCGGAACAAUAAGAAGGUCAACAUCCCACACUGGCAAAUGGCCCAUGUACAUGGAAGAGUAGCAGCUCUCAGUAUGAUGGGAAAACCCACAGAGAUCAAAACAGUGCCUUAUUUUUGGUCUGCUAUGUAUGGAAAGACUAUUCGCUAUGCAGGUUUUGGUGAUGGCUUUGAUGAUGUCAUUAUACAAGGAGACCUUGAUGAGCUCAGAUUUGUGGCAUUUUAUACAAGGAGUGAGGAAGUGGUUGCUGUUGCCAGUAUGAACUAUGAUCCCAUUGUAUCCCGAGUGGCAGAGGUCUUAGGAUCUGGAAAGACGAUUAAGAAACGUGAUGUGGAGAUGCUAGCACGACUUGGCAAGACUGGAGAUAUUUCUUGGUUGAUUGAUAAAGGGUCUCAGUGA